AUGGCAGGCUCAGACAUGGUCUUUUCCGAUGUUGAAAGUUUUCUGGACGAGCACCCUGACUUACUAGAGGACUAUUUAAACAGAAAAGGGAAGCAAAGUAUGGUGCAAAAGUGGCUCAAGUCCCACCAAGCGACCAAAACUCCGGCGAGCUCCAUUACGGAACCGGAGAAAGCGCCAAACGCUUGUAGGAAAGACAGCUGGGCGAGUAGAGGUGACGGGCUACAGAGACGAGCGUCGCAGAAAGAGCUGCGGAAAACAUUCGCCAGGUCCAAAGCCAUCAAUGCCAACAGGACGUACGAUGAGCACGUCAACUCCCGUGCCCAGGAGCCGUUGACCAGCAUGAGGAGACGCGCUCUGCUGCGUAAGGCCAGCUCGUUACCCCCCACCACCGCGCACAUCCUCUCCGCUCUGCUGGAGUCCCGGGUCAACAUCCCUCAGUAUCCCUCCACCGCCGUAGACUACAAAUACUACCUGAAAGAACACAGUGAGAGGGAGUUCUUUCUGGAGCUCGUUAAAGACAUCUCCAACGACUUGGAUUUGACCAGUCUCAUCUAUAAAAUCCUUGUGUUUGUGUGCAUCAUGGUGGAUGCGGACCGGUGCUCGCUGUUCCUGGUGGAGGGACCGGCCAACAAGAAGACUUUGGUGUCCAAGUUCUUUGAUGUGCAUGCUGGAACGGCAGUGUUGCCCUCUCUGAGUAACUCGGAUGAGGUGCAGGUUCCCUGGGGAAAGGGAAUCAUUGGAUAUGUGGCUGAACAUGGGGAAACUGUCAACAUUCCCGAUGCAUAUCAGGACCAUCGUUUUAGUGAUGAGAUUGAUAAACUCUCCGGCUAUAAGACCAAGUCUCUGCUGUGCAUGCCUAUCAGAAACAGUGACGGAGAGGUCAUCGGGGUUGCUCAGGCCAUCAACAAGAGCCCCAAUGGAGCACUCUUCACAGAAGAUGAUGAAAAGGUGUUGCAGAUGUACUUGCCCUUCUGUGGUAUCGCCAUCUCAAAUGCCCAACUGUUCGCUGCCUCCCGGAAGGAGUACGACAGGAGCAGGUCUCUUCUGGAAGUUGUGAACGAUCUGUUUGAGGAGCAAACCGAUUUGGAGAAGAUUGUGAGGAAGAUCAUGCAUCGAGCUCAGACCCUGCUGAAGUGUGAACGCUGCUCCGUCCAGCUGCUGGAGGACAUUGAAUCUCCGGUGGUGAAGUUCACCAAGUCCUUUGAGCUUCUGUCACCCAAGUGCAGCGCUGACAUGGAGAACAGCUUCAAGGACAGCUUGGAAAAAUCAUCCUAUUCUGAUUGGCUGAUUAAUAACAGUAUCGCUGAGCUUGUCGCCUCCACUGGACUGCCUGUAAAUAUCAGCGAUGCCUACCAAGACCCACGCUUUGACGCUGAAGCAGAUCAGUUCUCAGGCUUCCACAUUAGAUCAGUCCUGUGCGUCCCCAUCUGGAACAGUAACCACCAAAUCAUAGGUGUGGCUCAAGUAUUGAACAGGUUAGAUGGAAAACCAUUUGAUGAUGCAGAUCAGAGGUUGUUUGAGGCAUUUGUGAUAUUCUGUGGACUGGGAAUCAAUAAUACCAUAAUGUAUGACCAAGUGAAGAAGUCCUGGGCCAAACAGUCUGUCGCUCUCGAUGUGCUGUCAUAUCAUGCUACUUGCUCAAAGACUGAAGUGGAUAAGUUCAAGGCAGCGAACAUUCCUCUGGUGUGUGAACUGGGCAUUGAUAAACUCUCGUUUGAUGAUUUCUCUCUGGAUGUGGACGCCAUGGUCACUGCAGCUCUGCGAAUGUUUAUGGAGCUGGGAAUGGUGCAGAAAUUCAAGAUAGACUAUGAGACUCUGUGUCGCUGGCUGUUGACAGUGAGGAAGAACUAUCGCAUGGUUCUGUAUCAUAACUGGAGACACGCAUUCAACGUCUGCCAGUGCAUGUUUUCAAUGCUGACUACGGCUGGGUUCCAGGAGACACUGACAGAGAUGGAGAUUCUGGCUCUGAUAGUGGGCUGCAUUUGCCAUGAUUUGGACCACAGAGGAACCAACAAUGCUUUCCAAGCCAAGACGGGUUCAGCUCUCUCUCUCCUGUAUGGGACAUCAGCCACACUAGAACACCAUCACUUCAACCAUGCUGUUAUGAUCCUGCAGAGUGAGGGUCACAAUAUCUUCUCUAAUCUGUCCUCACAUGAGUAUGGAGAACUCAUGCAGCUCCUAAAACAAUCCAUACUGGCUACAGAUCUAACACUCUACUUUCAGAACAGAAAUUCCUUUUUUGAGCUGGUGAAGAAAGGUGAAUACAACUGGAAUGUGAAGGAACACAGAGAUAUGUGCAGGUCGAUGUUGAUGACAGCAUGUGAUUUGGGAGCUGUCACUAAACCCUGGGAGAUAUCAUGCAAGGUCGCAGAACUGGUGACGAGUGAGUUUUUUGAGCAGGGAGACAGAGAGCGAUCAGAGCUGAAACUUACUCCCUCGGCAAUUUUUGACCGAAAUCGUAAGGACGAGCUGCCGGGGUUACAACUGGAGUGGAUUGAUGGAAUCUGCGCACCACUGUAUGAGACUUUUGCCAAGUUAAACCCUAAUCUACAGCCGAUGGUUGACCUGAUCAAGGCCAAUCGAGUAAAAUGGGAGGAGCUUCACCACAGGCACCAGCGCAGCCAGGAAAUCACCAGUCCUGGUAGUCCAUGUAAUGGGGACGCCACUGCAACCAGCUAAAGCUGCGCAGGCACUAGCGACAGCAAUCCUUUCCACUUUGUGAGCUAACUGUGGGACAAAUAUGCCAGAUUUUGCCACAUGCUUCUUUCUGACCCGCAGCUCUGCACACGGAAGGAGUUUUUACCUUUGCUGCACGCUUCUGACCGGCAGGCAUUACCUCAACAGCACACUCUUUGGGGCAUUCGCUCUCUCUGCGAGCACUUCAGGCAACUGCGACUGAGUUUGUGUCCAUCUCCACAGUGCAAAGACUGCACGAUUAGCUCGCAAUGACUUGUUUAUGUGGAGAAAUCUUAGGGAUGUG